CACGAAGGGAAAUAGAAAAUGAAAAGGUGUCAAUUCAGCUGACAAACGAUGUACUUGUCCCGCUUGACAACUGCGAUACUACUUCAAAUCUUGCUAGCAGGUGCAACAAACGCGGUCAAAUGGGAUUCAGAAAAGGUUAAAGAGGCGUCGGUGACCUUUCCAAAUGUCCAGGAAAACACUGAGACCACUGGAAACGAGGAGGACUUAGCCCCGGGCGCCGACGAACCGGGCGCCGAGCUAAAACAGCCCAAGGAAGCAGGGAGGUGGUCCAGGAAAUUGCUCAAUGGAAAACUGAGCGGCGGGCCCGAGGUGAUGCGCGGCCAGUUUCCGUGGCAAGCGUCUCUCGUCGUGGACCAAGUGCUCUUUUGCAGCGGCUCGCUCGUCCUGAAAAACUGGGUCCUCACCGCUGCUCACUGCGUCUCAAAUGCAAGUGCUGUUACGGUUAACUUGGGCUCCUUUACCAAGGACGAUCUUCGUUCUGCCACAAUACAAGCAGCAAGAAUAUUAGUUCACGAGAAUUUCGGUCCUGAGAGUCUGCAUAACAAUUUGGCACUUCUGCAGAUGUCGAGCGAAGCUAAACUGAUGCCAGGUUUCAUUGAGCUUGUGAAAUUGCCGCUGGCGACAGAAGCAAACAAAACGUUGGAAGGGCUGAUGGUUGUAAGUAGCGGUUUGACGAAAGCAGAAACAAGCGACAAAAAAAAUAAAGCAGUCCUGAAGUUGGACUUCCCGGCUCAGAAAGUUAUUUCGAACACCGCGUGUCAAAGCUUUUACGGCAGUGGAAUUAUUAGUGCAGGGAUUUUAUGCACGAAUUUCACAGACAGUGGAACAAUAACCAAGAAAUCCAACUGUCUAAAGGGAUUAUCUGGCGGAUCGUUGGUAUUUCAAGACAAGAGCAACACUUGGGUGCAAAUCGGAAUCGUUUCGUUCACCUCUUCUGAGGGUUGCUCGCAAGGUCCGACAGGACACGUCAGGGUUGCCUCGCAUUUAGGGUGGAUUUCAUCCCGAAUUGAAAAUGGAACUAGUGCCUUACUGUCCGCAGAAAAUCCAUCAAAAAAGCCGAAUCGCAUUGAUAAAAACACCUGUCGAUCUUCAAACUUCCAGAAAUUGCAUGAAUGCUGUGAAAAUCCGCCUGCUGACUUGGUCCCGUUUAAUCCAAAGGAGAAAAUUUGCUCGAACAACAAGCAGAAAAUGUCGAUAUUUAAUGAAUACAUUUUGAACAAAGGGCAGCAUUCAAACGUUAACUUCACGGUGUUCUUCUAUGACAUUCAAACUCAGGACCUGUUGAGACAUCAGGCGUGUUUUGUGAACUGCAUUUUUUCCGCGAGAGGAGCAAUUACAGAUGAAGUACAAGGUGUCAUCAAUUCUGAAGCAGUUGUUCGUCUUUUGAAAGAAAACCAAAAGGAUGAAGCGUGGGGCACGAAAGUAGAGACUUCCUUCCGUGCGUGCGAAAAUUUGCUGCUUGACUAUCAGUUUCAACUGCCCUUUGUCGAAUCUUACGGAAAAUGGUGCAACGUGACUGCAGCCGCCCUGGUCCAGUGCACUCAAUUCCAACUCAUUCAGCUGUGUGAAAAACAAAAAUCUACCGGUUCCUGCAAUAGUAAGCGGAAUGCGUUCAAUGCCUGCGCUGGGACAGCGUUCAGAGGUCAAUUAUUGACGGAGCAAACAAUGAAAUAACGCACAAUCCCAAAAGCUUCAGAAUUGUACAUUGAAACCAUUAAAUAAUCUUUGCAACAAAAAACA